AUGAUUGAGCCUGUCGAGGCCGAGUUUGCCAACCCACCAAUCUUCUCAAACCAGCAGGAGCGCAUCCUGGAGGACGAGGUCAUCGAACAGCCUGGUGCCAUCACCCACGCGUCGGACGACGAGACUCGCGCUGGCACCCCCGAAAAUGAAAAGCUCAAGGGCAAGAUCAUUGUUGACUUUGAGCCUGGAUCCCGCGAGGACCCCCGCGAGUGGAACAAGGGACGCAAGUGGUUUGUCACUCUCUCAUGCGCCGCGCUUUGUUUGACAGUGGCACUUGGCUCUGCCAUGCCCACUGGUGACCUUUCCGGUACCGCCAAGGGCCUUCACGUCUCGGACGAGGUCAUCUAUCUCUCCAUCACCCUCUUCGUGCUCGGUUUUGGUGUCGGCCCCCUUCUCUUUGCCCCUCUCUCGGAGAUGAUUGGUCGCAAGACUGUCUACUCGAUCUCGAUCUUCUUCUACUUCAUCUUCACCCUGCCCUCGUGCCUUGCCACCAACAUUGCCACCAUGCUCGCUGGUCGUAUGAUCGCCGGUAUCGCCUCGUCUGCGCCCAUGACCAACGUAGGUGGCUCUAUUGCCGACGUCUGGGCCGUUGAGGACCGUGGUAUCCCCAUGUCCAUCUUCUCGAUGACUCUCUUCAUGGGUCCCUGCCUGGGUCCCCUCUUCGGCGGCUGGAUCGCCCUCAAGACUGGCCAGUGGCGCUGGAUCUACUGGGUCCUCUUCAUCCUUGUUGGUGUCGUCGCCGCCUUUACCUUUAUCGUCCCCGAGACCUACGCCCCCAUCAUUCUCCGUCGCAAGGCUGCUCGUCUUAACAAGGAGAACAACACCGACGUGUACAUCUCCAAGCACGACCUUGGCAACACCACCACCCUCAAGGAGUCGAUCAAGGUCUCGCUCAUGCGCCCCUUUGUCCUCAUGUUCUGCGAGCCUAUCAUCCUGUUCAUGUCGUUCUACCUGUCGUUCAUCUACUCGCUCCUUUACGCCCUCUUCUUUGCGUUCCCCAUCGCUUUCGAGGAGAUCCGUGGAUGGAACAUGGGCAUGACUGGUGUGUCGUUCGUCUCGAUCAUUAUCGGCAUCGGUCUCGCCAUGUGCAUCAUGCCCGUCCAGGAGAAGCUCUACGCUCGUCACUGCGCGAACGGUGCCGUUCCUGAAGCCCGACUCUACCUCAUGAUGUUGGGCUGUAUCAUCAUGCCCCUCUCCCUCAUGGUCUUUGCCUGGACUACUUUUGAGAAUGGCCCGGACAUCAUUUGGGUCGGUCCUGCCGCAGCUGGCGUCAUGUUCGGCUUUAGCAUGCUCGUCAUCUACAUCUCCGCCAACUCUUACAUCGUCGACUCGUACUCUGACUAUGCUGCGUCUGCCGUUGCCGCCAAGACGUUUAUGCGUUCCUGCAUCGGCGCCACCGUUCCCCUUUGGAUCACUCAACUGUUCCACAACCUUGGGUUCAAUUGGGCUGGCCUCUUUCUCUCGCUCGUUGGAUUUUGCAUUGCCCCCAUCCCUUUCAUCUUCUUCUUCAAGGGAGGAGCUGUUCGUGAGCGCUCCACCCGUGCAACGAAGAACGGGGCCGAGUCCCGCGACGUUGCUCACUAG